AUGGAUGGCGCGCAGCAAGAGGUGACAACGCUGUUAGAAAAGGUACAAGGUGCACACAGCAAUGCAGAGCAAAUGGAUCUAUUUCGCCAUGUGCAGGAGAUUGUUACACAUCGUGACCCGUCGGGACAAGAGCGUCGUAUACUGCGCAGCAUACGACCAUUGCUCGGUCAACUCGCACAGCUGCAGAACGCGACACUAGUGGCAGCAAUUAUGCAGCUCAUGGCACAAGAAGUGUCAGCAGCUGUUACUACACCCAACAUGAUGUCAAGCGAGGCGGUGAAUGCAGCGUCUGCACUUCUGACUGGACUCUAUGAGGUGUGCCACACUGUGUUGCUGCUUAGUUACUCGAGCGAGAAAAAUGUAGUGUUGGCACUGCACCUAGCGCUUUGCAAUCUUCACUCAAGCUACCAGAUCGUACUUCGAGCGGAGAGUAGCGAAAAUAGCUUGGAUACAGAGUCAAAGAGCUGUUGGGACGCCACGAUGCGUUGCAUUGAAGCAGCGGCUGACGUCGUGGCUGUUUUGCCAGAAAAAGAAAACAGUAGUCGAAGCUCUUUGGUCUGGUUGAAGGCUUGGAAGAUGAUAGAAAGUAGCGUUAUGCUUCUAAGCACGGCACAGGAUGCAUCGACAUACCGAGAUCCCAUGCGAUCCAAUGUACAGCCCAAUGCUUGCAGCUUGGAUCAAUUAACUUAUGAAAAGCAGACGAUUUUAAUCAAGACACAGCUGGAGGAAUUCGGAGUGUUUUUAUUGCAAAGGCUGUGUGAAAUCGUCGGCACUGUAUCAGACGCUAAGCCCACAUUGAUGAGACGUGAACUCAGUGUAGCAGUCAAUUCGCUGUCGUUAAUAGCGGCCGUGCGACCGCAGUAUAUACAACACAUAUUGCCAAAGCUUAUAUCUCUUUCAAAUACAGUGGCAACGCCAGGAGCGGAAGAUGCCACAAUACAAAAAACUUUGAUCGCUAAUUUAGUGAAGUUGUUGAGCCAUCCAGCUGCGCAGCCGUUUGCAGAUGAUGUGACGGACAUUUUGAUUGCUGUUGGAGCGUCUCAGCGUGCCUUUGCUGCAAUUAGCAAAAAUAAAGAGCAGCGGAGACGAUAUACUAACGCACCUACAGAGGCUUCAUUGCGUAGGGCCAGGAUCGGUAAGCGCACUGCAGCGCAGUCGAUUACGGAACGUGUAGAGAGUGCCAAUGCCCUUGCUAAGCGCAGACGUGUGGAUUUAUCGACGUCCGCAACAGUUUCGACAUCUAAAGAAAAGGUGACGCACGAUGCUAUUGUCAACAUGCACGCUGUCGAAGUGGCUAAUUUAGUACUGGAAAGCUUUUCGUCUGCGAUGCCGUCCCCUGCACCGCCAAAUGUGCAGUUGGAGCUUGUACCCAGUGCUUUAAAAGCGCGAAUGUCUACACUUUUGUCAAAACUUGCCACUCCUUCCUCAGCUCUCGCCAUUGAGAAAAGUAUGAAGCGGAUGCGAGAUCCGCGAGUUCGACGUGAUCCGAGAUUGCAGACGCAGCACAAGGAACAACCAGCACUUGUACCAAUUUUUGACGACACCGCUAUUGAAGAAGUGAGUGACUGGAUUUCGAAACACGCUGCUACGAUCGCUGAGCCGCUUGUGUCGGUUUCAAAAGAUAAUGUAGUUCAAGUGCAUUUGAAGGUCGAGACUAAAGCGUGGCAACAGGAAAUGGCUACGGAUGCGUUUGUCCGAAUCUUAGAAAACGAGUAUGGAGUAAAAAUUCGGGGAGACGAAGCACUGCGUGAAGGCGUCGUAUGUCGCCUUGCGUCAAGAUUUUGGGAUCUUGGCACGAAUACCGACCAACAAACGAUGUCAGAUGCUUUGAGUGCUCAGCCGAAAUUGCCAUUUGUCUUUCAAAAGAUUCUAGACUUUGUGCUAGGUGAUUAUGCUGUGCGAUCAACGCUGGCAAUAAAUUUGUUUUGUCAGGAGUACAUUCGUACUAUGACCUAUCUAAACGAAACAACAACCGAGAGUACAUUUAGAGUACCUAGCCACAUUGACUGUCAAAUUUAUCGGUCGUCUGUGAGCUAUUUCUUUGGCGCUUUGCUGAAGAAGGUGAACAUGUCUUCCUCCGCUGACAAAAAGCUGUUUAGUAGUCUAAUGGCGCAAUUGCCCUGGAUUCCGGUAGACAUUCUUCGCCUUGUGACGUCGCUAUUUAGUGAGAAAUCUGGAAUCGUUCUUGGUAUCACUUUGUUUCGUGACUUAUGCAAGGAACGAAAGGCAUGUCAGACACCGUGUCUGUUACUUUUAUUGCGUUUUACUUGCCAUACAGACGAACACUAUCGCAAUUCUACAAUUCGAUGUGUCGCUAAUCAGCUGUACGGCGUCAGCGCUUUUAAAACUAUUAUUGAAGAAUAUGCUAUCAAGUUUGUUAACUCGUUACGGGAAGCGGAAAAGUCUAACGAUAUCAAUAUGAAAGUGGAGGAUAAGGCAAUGCUUGAAUCUGCCGGGGCUUCGAACGAAGGUGAACACUGCAGUAAGCUUAAGUGUGCUGAUCCAGUGAAUCCCAAACAAAAGUGGUUACAGGAGCAAGUGCAACGAAUUACGCUUGUUGAGAAGGACAAUUAUGAUGAGCUACAAGCGUACGCAGAUACAAUCUUGGCUGAAAUGAAUUUGUCGAGGGUCUUGGAUAGCGAAGCGGAAAUAUUGCGGCGAUUGGAACUUUACCUCGCUUUAUGUGCGAAAAAACCAUCGUUGCUAUCCUAUGUCGUUGCAGCGUAUGCGUACGCAUCUGAAGCUGUACGCCAAGUGAUUUUUCGUGCUAUUGAAAAGCUUAUUAAACAUUUGAAGCAACGUGGAAGUGUGAAUGUUGUUGCUCAACUUCACGGAUUCGAGGCCAAUGCUCUUGGUUUGGUUUGCCACAUAAUUCAAAUUCUGUCGCUACGCGGACGUCCCAAUGAUUCAAGUUCGUUGGCAGUUGACGUACUUAAUCAACAAAUAUUGGAGUUGUACCACAAUCAUGAACACAUCCCUGAUUCCGUCUCAGUACUCAUUCCAGUUCUACCUAGUAUCCGUGGUGAGAUUUUGUUCCCAUUAUUGCCUCAAAUACUAUCGUUACCGCAAGCUCGGCUGUCAGUCGCUAUUACGCGAUUAUUAGAAGCAAUGCCUCCACAAGCAGUAGCUCCAAUUGAUUUGUUAGUGGCGCUGCAUCAUGUGGAUCUUAAGACAGAACCAAGUAUGCAGAAAAAAGUAAUUAACGCUAUCAACUUCUGCGUGGAACAUCGCCAUGCAUUCCCAUCAGACGUACUUCUUCACGUAUGUCGAGUUUUGAUUCAAGAGGAGAAUAUCUCUCGACUUUCUCUUCGCACCCUCAUUCUCAGCGUCACAGCGUACCCAACUCUACAGAGCGAUAUGGCAUCUCUUCUCAGUAUUCUUAUAGACAGAAGAGUGUGGGAAAUGGAGGAUGCUUUAUGGAAAGGCUUUGUGAAGUGUUCAGUACUAAUUCAACCAGCAUCUUUCCCAUUGCUCCUUCAGAAACUACCGGUGCCCCAAUUAGCCGCACUGCUAAAAGAUGAGAAAGAGUUAUCCGUGCUGCUCCGCGAUUUUGCCUUGACAGCCGGUCCAAAUCGUCAGCCUAUGGACCUUUCAUCUGCAGUCAUCGAACUUCUUGGAGAUUCCCAAGGCGAAUGGCUCACAAAGUCUCCUCCUCAUCAAGGACCAGACGUUAAAUUCGAGAAUGCCAAUCCUGUCAAGAUUGAACCUACCAAAGUGGAGGAGCAGACAUGCGAUUACCGAUGCGUGAAAUUAAAGAGCAUGCACCAUUGA